AUGGCCAAGAUGCAGAAUUGGCUGGUGGUGACUUUUGGUGGUUCUGGUGACCCAGAACAGCCUGAUGCUGUGGAAAUCUGCUACUUGACUAGUGACUAUUUGCACGACCGCUUCUUCCCAAAAGGCCUGGACAACUUCAAGUCCCUCAUGGAAGAGGUGAAGCAGAUGGUGGAAAAGGCUGACCCCGGCUUUGUGUUCCAACGGCGAGCAGCGGCAUCCACAGUGCCUAUGCUUCCCCUGGCCAAUGAGACAGUGGAGGUCUUCCUCAACCCCUGGCACCUGUCAUUUGAUCCUGCCAUGUCUUUGAAGGGGAAGUCAAAGAUGGUGCAUGUUCUUCGGUGUGUGAACGACUUCCUGGAGAAGCCCUACAACUCUGUGGAGAACCCCAUCCACGUCUUUUUCCCCAAGUCCAUGUGCUCUGAGGGUGAUGGCCUGGAGCCCUUCAGCGUUGGCCAUGGCAUUGGUUUUGCAAAGAGUUUGGCAAUCAAAGCCAUCUUACUCGGUGUCUAUGAGAUCAAAAACGAACUCUCAGAUCCAGAGUUCAGAGCCCUGAUCCCGAGCAUUAAGCCACUCUUUGGCUUUCGCUGCACAUACAAGACGGCAGGGGAUGAGCGCACUGAUCGCUUCCAGUGCUUGCAGGACAAGUUUUCUGAAGCCGCACGCCCGCGCCCUGAUUGCAUUCAAGUGGCCAACCUUCUUCUUGCCCAAGCGCGGGCCGACGGCAUGCAAUGGGAUGAAGCUUGCAAAGUCUUGAUCCCAAUGUUCAACCAGGGCAGCCAGAGUGAGGUGAAGCAGCUGACGGACAUGGAGGUUUGCAUUGUGAAGGCGCUGCCGACCCUGGAUGAGGACACUUUCAGCGCCAUUGACUACCAUUGGCAGCAGACCUUGAUUAAAAACAGCGCCCUCCCAUACAAAGUGUUGGGCAAUGACUUCUUUUUCAAUGGCAGCAAGCCAAGGCAAGACAAUGAGCUGUGGAGAUGCAUCCUGGCUCCAGACAACAGGAAGCGGCACUGGUUUGUGAAGCGCAAGAUCCUAUACUUCCAGUUCAGGGUGGCAGAUGCCAAGCGCUUGAAGAAGAAGGUCAACCUCACUACAGCUUCCUCCAGCUUUCGGGACAAGCUUGAGAAUGAUGCAGCUUGGGCCGUGGCAGCUAUCUUCAGCCAUUUUCUCCAGCAGUGGGAGGGCCUACUCGCGAAGAGUGGCAUGAUCAGGCUCCAGGAAAAGUUCUGCAGGGGCUACCUUGACACAGAGCUGCAGGAGAAAUACCGGAUGCUGAAUCCCACCCUCGCUCCGUCUUCGUUCCGUUUUCUCACUGAAGUAGGCUACCAGGGGGCCACCAUUGACUCCAAGGAAGACAUGGAAGCCAAGGCGAACAGUGACCUUGAGAAGGCAGAGCUUGCAAAGGCCAAAGCCAGGCUUGCCAAAGAACAAUUUCUUUGGAAGUCUUUCCAAGGCAAGGUUGAGGAUUUCAAGCUUCAAGGGCUGGGUCUGAAGCAAGAGCAGCUAGAUCAGGAGAGGGCCAAGCAAAGGGCUGCCAUUGAGAACUACGCUGACACCUUCUUCCCGCUCAGAGACCUUGCUGAGGUCUCACAUGGUGGAACUUUUGCUGAGGCUAGCAUCAACCGUUUCUGCAACGAUCAAGGCUUGCCCAUGGAACCUGUGUACAAAAUCUACUGGUUGAAUAGCUCUGUGCUGGGCUACGACAGUGUGGCUGGAGUGAAGACCAGCCAAAUCGAAAGCAGAAGGAGCAUGCCAAGAUUGCCAAAUGGCUCCGAGUCACGCACCUCACCAACCUUCUCUGAGAGUGACUUCACUAUGACAUACCCCGCAGCUUCCAACUCUUUGCCCUUGCGAGACACUGCAUUGGACCUCCUUGAGAGCAAGAUUCAGAGCCCAGAGGCACGAGCAGAGUGGGAUGCAGCGGUGGCUGAGCACAACGCAGAGUGGAACCCAUCAGGCGUUCCGCACCGCUCCGAUGUGAAGCGCCCAGCUGAAUCAGGCGCAGAAGGCGCCACCCCUGCCAAGAAAGCCAAAGUUCUUGAAGCUGAGAAGGAUGGGCCUCAAACAGUGGAGGAGCUUGCGUCCCAACAUGGAAAACUGGUGGAGGUCCCAGUGGGCUCAGCCAAGUUGUUCUUUGACAAGAAUGGCGCUGUGUGGGCUUUGGCUUCAGACGCUGAGUGUGAACUCAACGAUGAUGGCCCUCUGAAUAAUCUGAAGCUGUUUCACUGGCAGGAGGCCACAGCAGCUGCAAGCAAGUCCAAAGUCUUCCCCAUGGUCUUCAAGAAUGACUUGGAUGUCGCUUGCUUUACCACUGACAGCAAAGGACCUGAAAAGCGCAAGGCCCUUCGCAGCUGGCUGCAUGGCUUGGAAGCUGAUGGGAAAGACCUUGACCAAGCUGGUGACACAACUGGCCGUGUCUACGAUGUUUCCAGCACUGAGAGCUGCAAUUUUGUGCCAGCCAACACCCCCCGCAAGAUUGGAGGCAAGGCCCCUCCAGAUUGGGAUGAUGCUGGGAGCUUCUGCGUCAUGGGCCAGCUGGACAAAUGGGAUCCCGAAACCAAGAAGCAUCAGCUGGGGAAUUUGGAGCUGGUGGACCGCUGGCAACUUUCUGAUACUGAGCAGGGUGUGCAGUGUGUGCCUGUGAAGCCAGGGCUGUUUCCAAGCCAGCCACUUUCCUUGAAGAAGGGUGUUCUGGCCCGGCUGGCGUAG